UUGAAAGUCAGCUUCCUGAAAAGCUUCUGCACGUUAAUCUAGCCAAUUUCGCUUGCUACGUGCUUUCCUCUCGAAAAACCUAGAGAGGACACAGGAAUUCCUCAAGCACAGCCGCUCAUCUCCGAUCGGCCACGAGACUGCGAAUCAGAGAAGAAAGAGUUGAGCGCCCCGAAUCGCGGGUCUUUCUCAGCAGUGGGUCUCGGUGAAGCUUGAUUGAGAGAGAGGAAGACAUAGGUGUUGGAUUGGUGCGAGAUCGUUCGUGUUUCAGCAGAAAGAUCGAGUUCAUGAUGUUGGGUGUCGUGAGGCGAAGGUUAGCUUCUGGAGGAGGCUCAUCAUCAGCUUCGAGUUUAGGACAGUCGCUGCUGAAAUCCAGAUCCGCAGCGUCGGGGCGAAGGAUUGCUUCAGUUGGGGAUGAACGAGUGGUUCUUUUUCAAGGAUGCGGACCUGUCCGCAACUUUUGCCACGUCGCUAUGAGGAGAUGUUCAGUGGGUUCGAGGUCAAUGAGGGUAGUUGCUUUCAAUAACCCAGCAGUGGAAAUCUUACCGCAAUGGAGGUUGUUUUCCACGGAAAGUGGUGAUUUGGUUGAUGCUGUUGUGCCCUUUAUGGGAGAAUCAAUCACUGAUGGCACUCUAGCAAAAUUCUUGAAGAAUCCUGGUGAUAGGGUUGAAGUGGAUGAACCCAUUGCUCAAAUUGAAACAGAUAAGGUGACAAUUGAUGUUGCCAGUCCAGAAGCAGGUGUCAUCCAGAAGUUUGUGGCCAAGGAAGGCGAAACUGUGGAACCAGGAACAAAGAUCGCCGUGAUUUCCCAGUCUGGUGAAGGUGCUACGCACGUGGCUCCAUCUGAGAGUGCAGGGGAGAAAGCUACUCCUCCACCUCGUCCUGCUGAAAAGGUUGAGGAGAAGCAAAAGCCCAAAGCGGAACCUGCUCCAGUGGCUGAAAAGCCGAAAGCAAGUCUUCCACCACCGCCUCCUGCCAAGCGGUCUGCAACAGAACCACAGCUUCCUCCUAAGGAAAGAGAAAGACGUAUUCCCAUGACAAGGCUUCGUAAGCGGGUCGCAGCAAGAUUGAAGGACUCUCAGAAUACAUUUGCUUUGCUGACAACAUUCAAUGAAGUUGAUAUGACAAACUUGAUGAAGCUCCGGUCGGAUUACAAGGAUGCCUUUUUGGAAAAACAUGGAGUCAAGCUUGGACUUAUGUCAGGAUUUGUGAAAGCUGCUGUUAGUGGGCUCCAAAAUCAACCCAUUAUAAAUGCAGUUAUUGAUGGGGAUGACAUCAUCUACAGGGAUUAUGUAGAUAUCAGUAUAGCUGUUGGUACUCCAAAGGGUCUGGUUGUUCCAGUAAUUCGCGAUGCUGAGAAGAUGAAUUUUGCUGAUGUCGAGAAAGCAAUCAACACUCUUGCAAAGAAGGCAAAUGAUGGUUCCAUCUCAAUUGAUGAAAUGGCAGGAGGUACUUUUACAAUAUCUAAUGGUGGUGUCUAUGGGAGCCUUUUGAGUACUCCUAUCAUCAACCCGCCUCAGUCUGCAAUAUUGGGAAUGCACUCCAUAGUGAGCCGUCCAAUGGUUGUUGGUGGAAAUGUCGUCCCCAGGCCAAUGAUGUACAUCGCUCUAACUUAUGACCAUAGACUGAUAGAUGGGAGAGAGGCUGUCUUUUUCUUGCGCCGUAUCAAAGACGUUGUGGAGGACCCUCGAAGGCUACUUCUUGAUAUAUGAGGAAUGACAGCAACUGCUCUUUCCAUUCUGCGGUUUUCUCUGUUAUACCUGGAAAUGAAUACCGUUCAAAGCUACGAAUAAGAGCCGAAUUCGUGAUACUGUGUUAUUAUUUAGGAUAUUCUUUUGACUACUGCUCCUUCGACGGGUCCUUUUAGUUGCGGCUGUUGCAGAUUGCCGUUGAAAUGAGAUUUUAUUGGAAGACUAGAUUGUAGUCUUAUUUCGAGGGAUCCAGUUGCAUGAUGUUAUAUGGCCAUGCGUGCUCAGAUAAGCUUUCUAUGCCAGUGAAGACUAGGAGCAGUCUUCAUUCUUAUGCUGAAUUACAUUCCUAUGCUGUUAUCAUGUGAUUGUCGGAGCAUGUAUCAAUAAUUCAUGCUUGCCUUUCGGUGCGA